CAGAUCGACACCCUCGACCUGCUCGUCCUGGUGGCCCUCUUGGUAGGUAGCGUGGCCUACUUCACCAAGGGAACCUACUGGGCAGUUGCAAAGGACCCGUAUGCUUCUUCCUAUGGCGCCGUCAAUGGCGCCAAAGCUGGCAAGACCAGGGACAUCAUCGAGAAGAUGGAGGAAACGGGCAAGAACUGCGUUAUCUUCUAUGGCUCCCAGACUGGUACCGCGGAGGAUUACGCUUCUCGACUGGCAAAGGAAGGAUCCCAGAGAUUCGGCCUGAAGACUAUGGUUGCGGAUAUCGAAGAAUACGACUAUGAGAACCUCGACAAGUGGCCCGAAGAUAAGGUCGCCUUCUUCGUUCUCGCUACCUACGGCGAGGGCGAACCUACGGAUAACGCGGUCGAAUUCUACCAGUUCAUCACCGGCGAGGAUGUUUCGUUCGAGAGCGGCGACGAAAAGCCUCUGUCUUCUCUCAAGUAUGUGGCUUUCGGUCUGGGAAACAACACCUACGAACACUACAAUGCCAUGGUCCGCCAUGUUGAUGCGGCCCUGACCAAACUGGGUGCUCAAAGGAUCGGAGCUGCUGGCGAAGGUGACGAUGGUGCUGGUACAAUGGAAGAGGAUUUCUUGGCCUGGAAGGAACCCAUGUGGGAAGCUCUGUCCAAGGCGAUGGGUCUGGAAGAGCGUGAGGCUGUCUAUGAGCCGGUGUUCUCGGUCACUGAAGAAGAGCAACUGUCCCCCGAAGAUGAGAAUGUCUAUCUGGGUGAGCCCACCCAGGCUCACCUGGAAGGUGGCGGUCGCGGUCCGUACUCCGCUCACAACCCGUACAUUGCACCGAUCGUGGAGUCUCGCGAACUGUUCACCGUUAAAGAUCGUAACUGUCUGCACAUGGAAGUCGACAUCUCUGGAAGCAAUCUGAACUACCAGACUGGUGACCACAUCGCGGUCUGGCCCUCCAACGCUGGCAUCGAGGUUGAUCGUUUCCUGAAAGUCUUCGGUCUGGAUGGUAAGCGCGACACUGUCAUUUCCAUCAAAUGUCUCGAUGUCACCGCCAAGGUUCCUUUCCCGACCCCAACCACGUACGAUGCCGCUGUCCGAUACUACAUGGAGAUUUGCGCACCGGUUUCUCGACAGUUUGUUUCCACUCUCGCUGGCUUCGCCCCCGACGAAGAGACCAAGGCAGAGCUUACCCGCCUGGGCAGUGACAAGGACUACUUCCACCAGAAGGUUGCUGGUCAGUGCUUCAACAUCGCCCAGGCCAUCCAGAGUGUUACGUCAAAGCCGUUGUCUGCUGUCCCAUUCUCGCUCCUGGUUGAAGGAAUCAACAAGAUCCAGCCUAGAUACUAUUCGAUCUCCUCCUCGUCCCUCGUCCAGCCGGACAAGGUCAGCAUCUCUGCCGUCGUCGAGUCUGUCCGUAUUCCUGGCGCUAGCCACAUUGUCAAGGGUGUCACGACCAACUAUCUUCUGGCGCUUAAGCAGAAGCAGCACGGUGACCCCAACCCCGACCCCCAUGGCCUUACAUACUCGAUCACUGGGCCAAGAAACAAAUACGACGGCAUCCAUGUCCCCGUGCACAUCCGUCACUCCAACUUCAAGCUGCCCUCUGACCCGUCCAAGCCUAUUAUCAUGAUCGGCCCCGGAACUGGUGUUGCUCCGUUCCGUGGCUUCAUCCAGGAGCGCGCUGCCCAGGCUGCCAAUGGUGACAAGGUUGGCACCACUCUUCUGUUCUUCGGAUGCCGCAACCGCGAGGAGGAUUUCUUGUAUAAGGAUGAAUGGGAAUCUUACGGAGAGAAGCUUGGUGACGCAUUCAAGCUCAUUACCGCCUUCUCCCGUGAAGGGCCACAAAAGGUGUAUGUACAGCACAGGUUGCGUGAGAACGCGGAUCUGGUGAACGAACUACUGGAAAAGAAGGCCAACAUCUACGUCUGUGGUGAUGCAUCCAACAUGGCUCGCGAGGUUAACACUGUCCUCGGCCAGAUCAUCGCUGAGAAGCGCGGUCUGUCGCCAGAGAAGGGUGAAGAUAUCGUGAAGCACAUGCGGAGCAACGGCACCUACCAGGAAGACGUGUGGUCUUGA